AUGAAGAUCUUUCUUCCCGUCCUGGCCGUUGCCGCCCUCGUGCGGGCCGCCGAUAUCACAGACUGCCACAAGCACGGCAACGAUGUGUACUGCAUCACAGAGUCUGGCGACGAGGUCCAGGUUCUCCUGGAGAACCCUCCCGCCGGAGAUCCGCCCGAGUCGUACACCGACUGCCACUCUCACGGCGACACACAGUACUGCGUUGAUGCCGAUGGAAACGAUGUCCAGAUCUUGGCAGAGGGCGCCACAGUCGACGACUCCACCUCCACUGAGGAGACUGCGACCGAGUCUGAAGAGUCCACGGAAGAAGACAGCACCGAGGGGUUGAACUGCCACUUCCACGCCGGAGUCGAACACUGUGUCGGCGCCGGAGAAUCAGAGAAUGGCGGCAGCAGCAGCGGUAGCUCUGCUAAUGCCUGCGGCCUGCGAGAGCGAGACUAUGAUAUCCCUUUGCGUAUCGGCACGCUGUUUGUCCUCCUCGUCACGAGCGCUAUUGGUGUUUUCCUUCCGAUGGCGCUCGUGAAACUUCCAAAUUCAAAGGUCAACGCAUGGGCCUUGACAAUCGUCAAACAGUUUGGUACAGGUGUCAUCUUAUCCACCGGGUUUGUCCAUCUCUACACUCAUGCGGACCUGAUGUUCAGCAACGAGUGUCUCACCGGGGUCGAGUACGAGGCCACCACCUCCGCCAUCGUCAUGGCCGGGAUCUUCCUCUCCUUCCUGACCGAAUACAUCGGCCACCGCUACAUCAUUGCCCGCGCCGCCCGCUCGGGGACCACCGCAGUCCACCAGCCGACCGAAAGCCCCGUCACCACCGAAACGGGCUCCGGCGUCUCCAAGACCGCGGCCGACGCACCGCAACCGCAGCAGCACGCCACCCUCGCCGCCUUUGGCCACCACCACGGCGGCGACCCGACGAACCCCAACACAAAGGUGUCCGUCCUCGUCAUGGAAGCCGGAGUCAUCUUCCACAGCAUCCUCAUCGGCCUGACCCUCGUCGUUGCCGGCGACUCCUUCUACAAGACCCUCCUCGUCGUCAUCGUCUUCCACCAGUUCUUCGAGGGUCUCGCCCUCGGCGCCCGCAUCGCCAUGCUGCCGGGCCACAUCUUCCCCAGCAAGGCCAUCAUGGCCGGUACAUUUGCCGUCAUCACGCCAAUCGGUAUGGCGAUCGGCCUCGGCGUGAUCAACUCGUUCAAUGGGAACGAUCGCUCGACGAUCAUCACCCUGGGCACGCUCGACGCGCUCUCAGCGGGUAUUCUCAUCUGGGUCGGGUUGGUCGACAUGUGGGCGCGCGACUGGGUGAUUGAGGGCGGCGACAUGCUGAACGCGAAGAUCGGACAUGUUGCCGCGGGCGGUCUGUCUCUUAUCUCCGGAAUGGUCCUGAUGAGUGUUUUGGGUAAAUGGGCUUAA